GUGGCCUGACCUCGCUUUCACCGCAGCGUGGUCGCCGAUCGCCAUCCUGCCAGGACUCUCCGGCUUUGCGCCUGGAGACGUCUCACUCCACGCCGCCAUGCCCGCGCUCCUGGUCGACACGAACACGCGCCCGGUGUCCUCCAGCGAUGCCUCGACCGCCUCGGAGCACUCUGGCGCCCGCUCCAAGUCUCCCACUCCUGACCGUCCGCCUGUGUCACCUCUCACGCCCACGGCGUCCGCUGCCCAGUUAGCUCCUGUGGAGCGCACCGAAGCCCGACCCCGCCCUGCCCCUCCGCCCACGGCCACCUUCAGACCGCAGCCGCCGUCCGUCGCCAUAUCUGAGAGCGAGAACCCAGAUGCCAUCGCCCUGCGAUCCGCCAUUUCGCUGCUGCAGCUGCAGCGCGAAAAGAGCAAGCGCGACCUGAGGGCGCUCCAGGACCUCAAGGCAGCCGCUGUGUCCGACCCGCAGGCGUUUGUGCGGUCACUGCAAGAACAACGCGCGCAGGCCUCACAGUCGUAUCAGGACAUCCUCACGCCAACACUCGCAGGUCUGUCCGACCCAGCAAGCAGCAAUGAGCAAGAUGCCAACAGCGCAGACACGCGCAAAGAUUCCACGCACAUGGACGCGAAGCCAGACCCACCCAAGUUCCCCGCAAUACCGCAGCCGCAGAACAUUGUGCGAUGUCCACCCGUCAAUUGGGACAAGUAUCACAUAGUCGGAGAGCCACUAGACAAGAUGCACGAGGAGCAGAAGAAGUGGCCGGGCUCCGCUGAGCCUCCACGCACAAAGUCUGGCCAGCGAGCACCCCCGCACUCAGUGACAGCGCCAUACUCACCCUUUACCGACGGUAUCAGCGCUGGCUCGUCGUCAACAACCCAACCCACCAAGAACUCUAAGAAGACGCCGUCGUGAGGCCGGAUAGCACCGAGCCCCCCCCCCCCUCAGCUGUGACUCAACACCAAAGCGCAAUGCGCAACACUCCAUCACAACCACAACUGCUUAUAAGUAUUCCACUCUAAAAGUCCGAGAGCACAGGCUGCUCUACGAAAGUAAUGCAUUUAUGGUCAUCAUGAUAGACGAUGCCUCACGAAUAGACGACGGGACCAUAGCGAUAGUCCCGAAUACAAAAAGACUAGACAAGCCAGUUCUUGAUCUACAAUGCUCACUUGUAGGCGAUCUUGUUGAAUCUAGCUUCUAUUUGUGUCACCGUAGUCUGCAUCGAUUCGUACCCGCACACGCACGUUGCGGCUGUGCACCCCACUCCCGCGUGGCUGGCACAUCUGCAAGCGCCGCACUCCUGCCUACACCGAUGCAGAGAUUGACGAAACGCUUCGGCACUCUUUCUUUUUUGAAAUCUGCCAUCAUCACCCAACCAAAAAUCUAGG